AUGGCACUUCCAAGCUGGAUCUGGAAGCACGCUCUUGCCUACUCGGCCGUACUUUCGUCACUCGUUAACCCUUCAUCCGCCGCUCCUUCUACUUCUCUAUCUGCUACAAACUAUGUCGCCAACUCCGUCACAGCUAUUCGGGAGCUGAACAAUGCCUUUUAUGAUGUUGAGACUGGUCUCUGGAGCGCUGCCUGGUGGAACAGCGCCAAUGCUUUCACCACAUUGGCCGACUUUGCACAGCUCCGUCUCAAUGAGGCCAACCAGCUCAACGUUGGCGGCUUUCUACGCAACACUUACGCCCAGGCUCAGAUCACAAGCGUCUCUGUCGCCAAGUUUGUGAAUGCUGCCGGUCUUCCCCAAACUCUUCACUGCAUCAACGGCAGGGGAUGCUCUGCCUCCUUUGCGGCCUCUUUGCCCACCAGCCUCCAGAAGCGAGGCUUUGCCGACUUCCUCGAUGACUUUUACGAUGACGAGGGAUGGUGGGCUCUCGCCUUGAUUCACGCUCACGACGCCACCGGCGAUCAGGACUAUCUGAAUUCGGCUAUUGAAAUCUUCAACGAUAUGCAGACCGGUCAAGGAACUCCUUGUGGUGGAGGCAUUUACUGGAGCAAGGAUCGCACUUACGUCAACGCCAUUGCCAACGAGCUGUACCUCUCUGUUGCCGCUUCUCUUGCCAACCGGGUGCCAUCCAACGGCACCUACCUUCAGAUUGCCAAGGCUCAAUGGCAGUGGUUCUCCCAGAGUGGCAUGAUCAACUCCAACAACCUCAUCAACGAUGGUCUUGACUCCAACUGCAAGAACAACGGCCUGACCACCUGGUCUUAUAACCAGGGUGUUAUCCUCGGCGGUCUCAGCGAGCUCGCCAGGGCUACUGGUGACAACUCUCUUCUCACCAAAGCUUCCGCCAUUGCCAACGCCGCCAUCAACGCCCUCUCCAACUCAGAUGGCAUCCUCGUCGAGGCAGACAAGUGCGAGCUCAACCCAGGCAACUGCGGCACAGAUGGUCAACAGUUCAAGGGUGCCUUCAUCCGCAACCUGCGAUACCUCAAUGACCUGGCACCAAGCAGCACCUUCAAAAACUUCAUCCUCCGCAAUGCUCAGUCCAUUUGGAACAACGAUCGCAACAGCCAAAACAUGCUUGGCGUCGCCUGGACUGGACCCUAUGUGGCGGCUACUGGCUCGUCCCACAGCAGUGCUCUAGAUGCCCUAGUGGCCGCGAUUGCUGUUUCAUAG